GCACUUCUUACCUCACCUACAGCCUUCACGUUCACCGUCUAUCGCUACCUGUUUUGCAAGAAAAAUGGCUUUAAUUGAGGUGAUUGCAAAUGAUCGUCUGGGUCGGAAAGUACGUGUCAAAUGUAGCCCGGAUGAUACGGUCGGGGACCUGAAGAAACUGAUUGCUGCUCAAACGGGUACGGACUGGACCAAGAUCCAGCUGAAGAAAUGGUAUACAAUCUACAAAGAUCACAUAACGCUGGCGGACUACGAGAUUCACGACGGGAUGAGCUUGGAGAUGUACUAGAUCUCCGAGUCGUCGCGUCCUUGCUUUUAGGUUAAGAUUUUGAGUUUGCUUUCGCUGUUUUCCCGUUGCUCAGUGAUCGGACCGUUGUAAGCACGUCACCUCCCAUUCCGAAGAAGUCCUCGUCAAUGUAGUCCUAAUGUAUGUUCCUCCAUGUAUCAUGAUGAGCCUCCAGAUAUGAAUCUCCGUGACAUGCCGCACGUCCAACGGAUUCAGUUGACGCCAUCCUGCGCUCCGUGCUC